UCACACUCAGUAGAAAAUGUUCCGACCACAUGGAAGCUGCACAUAUUCAUUUAUUAUUUCUUUAAGACGUUGUUUAUCAGCAAAGGUGCCAGGAAAACCAACAUGGAUGUCCAGUGAUAAAUGCAGAUUUAACUUGCCCAAGGAACCAAAUAUAGACAAAGAGAUUGUAGACUUACUGGAGCGCCUAUCUUUGGUUCAGUUUAAUAAUCUGGAGGCUGUAGAUCGCUUAAAUAAGGCUGUGCAGUCAGCAAAUCAGUUAAAUGCAGUCAACACUGAUAAUGUUGAGCCAAUUGAUUCAGUUCUAGAAGAUAGAAAAUUGUAUUUGAGAGAAGACACUGUAAUGGAUGGAAAUUGUCUAAAUGAUAUCUUAAAGAAUGCAUCAAAAACCAUUGAGGACUAUUAUGUUGCUCCACCAGGAAAUAUUCCUCUGAAGCAAAAGGAUAGAGAUUAUGGAAAUGAUUAUUCAACAAAUCAAUAAAUCUUUACAGCAAAAUA